GCUUAUCAGCGUAGAGCGACGAAGGUGGGAGAGUAGGGUAGUAGAGAAGAGGAGGUGAGGAAAGAGGAGAAAGGAAGGGGGCUCAGGUUAGCGUGGCGUGGAGGAGAGGGAGAAGAGGAGAAUAGGUUGGCGUAGGUUGGCGUAGGUGGCAAGGGGGGGAGCAGUAGGUGAUGGUGGGAAGGAGAGAGAAUUACGACGAGGAGAAGAGGUGGCUGGAGCUACUGUCGGCCUUCGUGCCACUACGGACUAGGAUGGCACGCCUCUACAUCAUCGGAUCCAAGCCGUCGAUCUAAAGAAUGUAAGGCAAAAAGAGGAGGGGGCAAGUGUGCGACGCUGUGCGGCUGAUUUAGGACGUCGGGGCAGUGCGCAAGUCUGAUCGGAAUUGGAAUUUGGAAGGCCCGGUCGACAAGCGCAAGCGCAAGCGCAGCAGCCGCCUGUUUGCGCGCGGAAGGGGGAGGAGUUCCGUCGGUGCAGAAGGAAGUGGGCACGGGCGGCGGGUGCGAAAUUAACGGAAGCCCUUGUCGUCUUGUGCCACGGAAGCCCUUGUCGUUUUGUGCCACGUGGCACCCACCGUGCUUGUCACGUGCACGACGUGUUGAGGUGUGGGACGACGUGCUCAGGAGUGCGUGCGGCUUGUUUUUUGAUUCGAUCGAUGAGCAGGAGGACUGGAGGAGAAUACAUACUUCCUGGCAUGACAUGCUGAGGUGUGCGACGACGUGCGGCUUUUGAUUCCGUGAGCACGAGGACCAGAACGGAGGCGCAGGGGAGAGAGAGAGAAAGAUAGAUAGAUAGAGAGAGAGCGAACGAGCGAGCGAGCGAGCGAGCGAGCGAGAGAGAGAGAGAGAGAGAGAGAGAGAGAGAGAGAGAGAGGACAAAAAGGAGAAGGAGCUCCUUGAGAGCUCUAGAGAGCUGAUAGAGAGACUGUUCUGAAGGGAGGAUGAAUACGUUUUGUUAGUACAAUCCCGAGGCUAGCGGGAAAUUUGCCCUGUUAGGGAGGCGCAGGGGAGAGAGAGAGAGAGAGAGAGAGAGAGAGAGAGAGAGAGAGAGAGAGAGAGAGAGAGAGAGAGAGAGGACAACAAGGAGAAGGAUCGCCUUGCUUACUGCUGUAACUUCCAUUAGUUGGCCACGACAAGUCCGGAAAAAAAAAAAAAAAGACUUUUUUUUUUUUUGAGGAAUUGUAUCUGGAAGAGUGGGGAAUAUGCGAUAAUUUACAUCGUUGAUUCACUGCUUCUGCGGCUACGAUCAUUCCAUGCAUUCGCUGAAUGUGCAAGAAAGAAUGACUUGUCGGAACGUUCACUUUCACGUUCAUUCAUUUGAAUGAUCGGGUCGCUUUCGUCGAAUGAUCACAUAUCACUGGUUCCACAGUGAAGUGAUCAUUCGUUCGUUGAAUGAUUACUUCUUUCGUUGAAUGAUUACUUCGCUUCACUUCUCGUCGAAUGCUCACGUCGCUUACACUUGGCUUUCGUUGAAUGAUCACUCCACUUUCACUUCGUUUUCGUUGAAUGAUCACUUCGCUUUUAAAGUAUCUUUCUCGUCACUUCGCUUUCGUUGAAUGAUCAGUUCGAUUUCACUUCGCUUUCACUUCGCUUUCGUUGAAUGAUCACUUCGCUUUCGUUGAAUGAUCACUUCGCUUUCACUUCGCUUUCGUUGAAUGAUCACUUCGCUCUCACUUCGCUUUCGCUGAAUGAUCAUUUCGUUUUCGUCGAAUGACCACGUCGCUUUCGUUACAUCACUUUCACUUCGUUUUCGUCGAAUGAUCACGUCCCUUUCACUUCGCUUUCCAGAACAACUGUCGUAGCGGAGGGAAGGCUUUGGUCGAUGACCACAGAGCUCUGGAUAAUUGACUCUGGCGGAAGAAGAAGGAAGUGUUAGCUCCAAAUACCAGUAAGUGAAAGGGGAAGUCAAAAUUCAUUAGCCUGCCAAGUAGGAGGAGGGGGGGGGGGGGGGGGGGGGGGGGGGGGGGGGGGGGAGUUUGUUGUUGGCCUCACACACAUCGUUGAGCGACCUCAGGUUCAAGUCGGGUUCAAGUCGAAGGUGAUUAUUAUUUCAGUGGUGGAUAUGGCGGCUGUGUGUGCGUCGGGUAGUGCGACGCUCAGAGCGGCGGCGACAUCGACGAUUGCCGCUCACCACAGUGGGCCGUCUCAGGCUGCUGCCGUCACACGGUCGCACAGUGAAGCUGGGUGCUCUACGUCGUCUAAGAUCGGCCGCCUGCCAUUGCACACACUGGUGAUUGAUCAUCCACCCGUAACCGGCAUAACCAGGGAAGGGAAGCGGGGGACGUGUGCGCACAGUCAGCAAUUAGUGCGCACGCAGGGGGCGGGGGUGUACACGUGUCAGCACGAGGUGAAAGGCUGGUCGGCGGCGGGGUUGACAGCGCGGAUGAGAGCGUCGUCUCUGUUUCGCCGCGCGCUCCGAGCGCCGGCGUCGACGUCGUCGGACUGCGCAUCGGCGAGGAGGGGGCGGGGGAGGUCAGCGCGCGUCUGUUCCUGUUCCCCGCGCGCGGAGGCGAGUGCGACCACCGCCGAAGCUGUGCGCCAGUCUUCCGCGCAGGUCGCGGACACCGCGCCGUCGUCAAGCAAUCGGGCGGAGACAGCGGAGGCGCACUCGCGCACAGCGGCGCAAGCAGGCGCAAGCCUGCGGACUGUCGUGCGGUCUCUCGACCCCUCUACAGGGGAGGAAGUGUGGCGCCCUCUGCGCGUGCUCGUCGUCGGAGCUGGGAUCGGGGGCCUGGUAUUUGCCCUUGCAGCCAAGAAGAAAGGCAUUGACGUCCAGGUCUUCGAAAGGGAUGUCAGCGCAAUCCGGGGGGAAGGGCAGUACCGCGGGCCAAUCCAAAUCCAGAGUAAUGCGCUGGCAGCCUUAGAAGCAAUUGAUCAGGAAGUUGCAGAGAGGGUUAUGCACGAGGGGGUCGUCACCGGCGAUCGGGUCAACGGUCUGGUAGAUGGGUUGACCGGGGAAUGGUACAUUAAGUUUGACACAUGGCAUCCCGCGGUCAGAAAGGGUCUGCCUGUGACACGUGUCAUCAGUCGCAUGACGCUUCAAGAAAUUGUAUCCGAAGCGGUCGGCGCCGAUAUCGUACGGGGAAACUCAUAUGUAGUCGAUUACGAAGAUGAUGGUGAAAAGGUGGUUGCAAUUCUUGAUGAUGGAAGGAGGAUAGAGGGAGAUCUUCUGGUUGGAGCGGAUGGCAUCAGAUCAAAGGUGCUACUCCCCACCAAUAGAUGGAGCCCUCCCCAGGUGCUAGCGGUGUCUGCUCUUACCAGCACCACUAGCACCGACGGUUAUCGUGUCUUCCUUGGCAGCAAGCAGUAUUUUGUCAGUAGUGAUGUAGGCCAUGGCAAGAUGCAGUGGUAUGCAUUCCAUUAUCAGGAGGCUGGACAACAAGAUCCUCCUGGACCAAGGAAAGAGAGGCUGCUCCAGAUGUUCGGCAACUGGUGUGAUGAGGUUGUAGAUGUGCUUCUGGCGACACCAGAGGAGAUGAUACUUCGGAGAGACAUCUACGACCGCAUCCCGAUUGUGAACUGGAGCAAAGGAAGAGUCACUCUUCUUGGUGAUUCAGCGCAUGCCAUGCAGCCAAAUAUGGGCCAAGGCGGGUGUAUGGCAAUCGAGGACUGCAUCUUGGAGGAGGUGAAGCUCUAUCCACUCUGGAAGACAGUUCGGCUGACGCCUUCCCCUUCUCCUCGAUCUGAUGAAGCUGCGGUACUAUAGCCUGCUGUGUAGGUCAGAUAGAUUCUGCCAGCGUGAGGGAGGCCCUGUAAAGGAACUGUUACUCUGUCAUGUCAUUCUCCGAACAUGCCUGCGUACCAUGUGGGGACCACUAUGAGGGGAUUGAUCACUGCCAUGAAGGGGCAUAGUCUCUACUCUGACAAUUACAAAGGGAUGAUCACCGCCAGCCUCUGCCAUGAUAUACUGUCCUCCCCACCCGCUUAUUAGCUGCCCGAUAUUCGAUAUUGCCAUCACAGCCUUGGCAUACCUCGCUUAAAUAACUACUAUGAGUGUGAAUCUGUUUUCCUUUUGUCAUGUCAACAACACUAUAUGUCACCGAUGUUUCCAGGUGCGUUGAAUGUUCCAGGUUUCUUUGAAUAUUAUCCUAUCUGUGUGCUGAUUUAAAAAUUAAAAUUCUAAUUAAAAUUAUUCAAUGAAUUAGAAUCUUAAAU